ACAUUGCAUUGUUUACCGAAAAAUUUAACAUUAAAAUUGAGAAAGGAGCUGUUGUUCUAUAUCGAUUUCGAGUUACAAGAUUAAAAAAAAUCAAUGGGAGUGUUGAAAAUUGGUACAAGCGUUUGGUUUUAAUGUAAUGUUCGAAAAAAUUGCCAACGCAACGCCCAACACAUCUGCCAGGAUGGAGGAAUUAUCCGGAGUGAUGAUUGUAAUAAUCAUCGGUGGGGGAGUGCUAGCCGUGACAAUUUGUUUCAUUAUUGCAAAGCGACAAAUCGUUCGAUUCACGCUCCGACAGCGACGGGGCCCUCAUGUCGCUGUUGGUCACGAUGCAAAAAAGUCUAUUAAAAAGGAAAUUGAGAGGCGUAUUGACUGUAUUCAUAAGAUAUACUACGAACCAAAGUUGCUGUGGGAUGACAAGAAGGAUGGUGAGAAGUAUAUACUUCAACCGGACUCUGUUUUGCCACCUUAUUACUAUCGAAUGAAAGCCAUGGACGACGUCAAAGAACUGGAAAAGGAAAUCACCAAACAGGAUGGUUCUACUAGACACCCCCGGGACAGUUUGAGAGCGUUUUUGUUGACAACACUGGCAGCUCCGCUGAAUGGCGCCGGGCAGAGACUGAUCCACCAGUUUUGCGAUAUGUACGAACAUGCUCGUCAUGAUCCAAAUGAGUUUGGAGAGGAGGAGUAUCAAGCGUAUCAAAGAUUACUAAAGAAGAUUACUGACGCCGCAAAAAUGUUGAAAACUUUCACGAAUAGUCGCAAAUCUUCACCCAGUCGAACACCAGUGAAAAAACAAAGUAAAAUGCAAUCACUACUGGAUCCUUCCCGUCUGAGACCACCACCCAUGAGCGCAGUGGGUGGUGGUGGUGUGGGAGGAGACACGGGCAAUCAGAACGCUCGACUUAACCUUUCGCUCGGCGUUCACUUACAGCAACAGCAGCUGCAGCAACAUGAAGAUCUGGCGGAAAACGAAAUACUCAGCAUUUCACAGUACCACGGGGAAACAGAAACCUUUGCCAUACACAGGUCUUUCAAAGAUUGAUAUGGUUUGAGAAUGCGUAAAAACUUGGAACUCUACUAAGUAACAUAAUAGCGUUGGAAAUACACUAAUAUAAUCUCAUGACAAA